AGAUAAUAUUGCACGAGAGGAAAGAGAUUUACAAAGGUUGAAACUUUAGUACAUCAAGGCUGGAGUAAAAUAUAGAAAAAAAAAUAUCAACUUAUGCAGAAAGGAAGAAACGGAGGUUGAGUCAAUUGGCCCAAAAUGGGAAAGUCGACGGACUGGACCAAAUGUCGUGAUUUCAAUGGCGGUGAUAUAUGGCAAAUGCGCAGAAGUGUGGCGGUGCAUGGGGAACAACACCCUCGGAUUUCAUCUUCAAGUAUCACUCACCUCUCUUCUCGCAGCAUCUGCCACAACUCGCAUUCCUGCAGUCGGUUAACACGCUGGAAAACUCUCGUCAUUUUUCUAGGCCCUCGUUUCUCUCCUAUCUUUACCUCCAAACUCUCCUUCGUUUUGGACAAGAGUCGCCAGCCAAUGAAUGAAUGGAUCUAUAACGGAGGAAAGAAAACUACUAACCUUGGUUCCCAUAGUAGACGAGCUAAUAGAGCGUCAGUCUUGCAGCGAGACAUAAUUCCGAAAAUACCAUCACUCAGAUGGUGCGGUACAAGGUGGCCUACUGUCCCCUAUAUGUGCGAUAACAAAUCCCUUGGUGAGGCCGAGACGAUAAGUGGGAAGCUGCAGAUUAAUGCUAAACGACUUGGAAUCGAUCCGUCAUAGCCUGGUCCACAGAAAGCACACGAGGAGCCUGAUUCGAGCCCCUAAUCCUCAUUGAUCGGCUUACAACUUGCGCUGCAUGUUGUACAACCCUUCUAGCCAGCUAACAGUGUUUUCAUCAAGAAUACAUACCAUCGGAUCUCUAUGAUAUCGUACCGUGCCCUGUUUCUUUUUCCUUUUUUAUUUUUUUUUGUGACCUUUGAUUUUAUUUCAAUAUGAU